CACAGCCAAAAGCAUUCUAAGCAGGUCACCGUCUGCCCAGCCAGGGCCCGCUGAGUCUCGAGAAUCAACACCAAGAAGCAGCGAAGCCGACGUCGACAUGGUUUCCACUCGACGAGGGCCUGUGGGCGAGAACACACCGCUGAGCACGCCGCGGAGCACGAGAGGGAGAGGGAAACGGGCACUGGAGACCGAGGACACACCUAUAUCAUUAGUGAAGAGGAGGAAGUCAGUCGUGAAGCCUAAGGAGGCCGAGAAGGCCGAGAGGCAAAUGGACGAUGCGCCGGAGCAGACGGACCAGCCUGAGUCCCCCAAGGAGAAGCCGCUCCUCGAUGUCAUUAAAGUCCGACCGCGACCAACCACCCCACAGCAGGAGGAAGAGAAUCAGGUCACACCUAAGGCGAGAAAGCUCCCCGUUCGCCAAAGCCCCAGGGUCCUGAUCAGAAAGAGGACAAAACCACCGCUCGGCGUCGAGGAAGGUGAGCCAGAGUCUGUGGUGGUGGAAGUACCCGCGUCGACUCAAGACACGGAAUACCAUACACCUGGCACACGGCAAGCAAGCUCUAUCUAUGCGACUCCGGCAACAGCCUUGGACGCACUAGAAGAAUCCCUAACUCCAAAAGCAGAACACAAUGGUGCACAGUCUGCAGUGUCGUCAAGUAAGUGCUUGGCGAGGCAGAGCAAGGGGGAUAAUUCCUCUUUUGGGGUUGAAUCUCGUGAUUCGCCAGAGCGUGAAGGCAACGCCAACACAGAAUUUGGAGUGGGUAACAAUAUUCCCCUCGAUAUCUCCUCAUCCACAAUGGAUCAUGAGGCAACUUCCGGUUCAAUGCCAGAGUCAGAUCGAGAGUCUACUCCAGUUCCUCCAUCUAAUACACUUUCUUCCAAGCGCGUAAUCCCAGAUGAGAUCCCAACGUCAACACUCGACAGUGAGAAAGCCGCCAUUUCUACCCAAGAGUCACUUCAGAAUACCCCCUCCUCGGGUGCAUAUAAAUUACGGCAACGACUCAUUCGAUUCGCCAGCGAAGAGCCGGUAGACCACCAACCCACCUUUACUCCCACCCUUGAUGGAGCUGCCGAUGAACCACCUUCUGCCAUGAAGUUGAAAGAAGAUGACGAAAGCGACUCCGACGAAGCUCCAGACAUAGUUACUGCCGCAUCCGCAUUCUCAAAGACUCAGGCGGCCGAAGCGGAAGCAGCUCGAGCUUUCAAAGCUCAGCAAGAAAAGGAGAAGUUGAAGCGGAAAGAACGUGCCGAACGCAUAGUCGAGGAACAAGAGCAGAAGAAGAGGCGGGAAGAAAAGAAAGCAAAGAAGCUAGCUAAGGCUCAAGCAAAGCAACAGUUGGUUAAGCCAGAGGAUGAUAUUACCAUGCUAGACAUUCACAACCUCCCCGCUCUCCUCCCAGAUUCCAUCCUUGAAGCAGCGGGAGACAAGCGUCCACCAACUCCACCGCCCCUGCUGCCAGGUAAAUCUUCAAAAGAACUGCAAAAGGAAAAGUUAAACCGGCAUAUCAAAUUCCUAGAGCGUGGCGAGAAACCGAUCAAGAGCGUGAAGAAAGGCCCAGUAAACGUACAUGUGUUGGCGCAACAGAACAUGCUUCUGGCACCGAAGGUCAACCGAGAUACACGGAAUAUUCGGGAACACUGGUUGAAGGGCAGGCAGGUUGAGAAGAAGGAUAAGCAGGGACGGAGGAAGAUGAAGUUCCAGAAAAUGGAGAGGAGGGCUAUUGGACAUGGGUUUAUUAGGAGUGAAGAUUAACGGAUGUCAAAAGUUUCUUAGUCAUGGGGUUUGUACUAGGUGUAGAUUGAGAGAAGAGGCUGCUAUGUGUGAGCCAUUUAUAGCGCGAGAAGCUAUGCAAUGGGAGACACCAAG